AUGGUUUCACUUACUCGUCUUGAAGAGGUGGCCGGGAAAGCCGAGACGCUGCGGUGCGUUCUACGCAGUGCCUUUCUUGAGGACGCUCCCAGGAUUGAGGUGACCAUCUUUGAACAGCUGCAGAAGAUUCUGGAGCACUGGCUCUUGUCAUCGUCUACUACUAAUGCUGCUGCUGCUGCUGCUCCCCAGUCGGAUGAUGAUGCACAUCUUCUUAUUGAACAGUACUACCUGCAGGAAGUUUUUGCGGCGAUGUUGUUUCUUGCAGAUGAGUCUUUCCCCCAGCAGAACCGUACGGUGCGCGUUGAGACUCUCCCGCGCCUUGAUACAUUUAACAUUUUGAAAUCUGAGUUCUACGUGGAUGUGCAGGUGCGGCGUUACUGCACGGAGCUGUUGCUGUAUUUUUGUUUUUCCCGUGUGUGCCAAACGUACCGCGUUGUCCAGGCGCUUUAUCCUCUGCUUCUCCACGGCAAGCGGGCUUUGGUGAGUGGUGCGUCGCAGAAUCACGUGGGUGAGGGUCUCUUUAAUGCGCCUCGUUUUCUGCAAAAGAAGAAGUUUAUCUCCAGUCUCCUCAACGGUCUCAUGAUGACGCUUCCUGACGGUGUUAUGGGUGUGGUUCGAGUCUUACUACUCGACGACCGCGUGGAGGAGGGCAUGGCGAUGGAUGCUGCCAAGCAGAUUGCGUCCCUCUUCUACACCCCACUACAUCGUGCGUGGGUUUUGAAGGAAGGCAGCGUGACCUACACCGAAUGUCUAACGUUGACGGAACAGGUCAUGCUGCUCUCUGCGCAGCUGGUGAAUCUUUUGGCGUGUGUGACGGAGAAGUCGGUUACUCCCGAGGUGGAUCUGGUGCAGCAUCGUUUGCCCCUUUUUUUGAAGAGGCAGUCGAACCGACAAGGGCGUCUCCUAAAGCGAGAAACAAUUGAGGAAAGACUACAGCUGGGCAUCGCGACCAUGCUUAACGCCACACUGCACCUACCGCCUCGAGACGAGAAAGACAAUUCGGUAUUUGCCCGCAGCUACAAAUGCUUCUGUCUUUAUAAUAGGCAUCUCCUCACACCUGCAUUUAGGGCACUCACCUUACGCGUUGCCACCGGGGACAGGGAUAGGGAUGAGGUCCUGCUGGCGUUGCGCCGUCUCCUUGCACUUGCGCGGGGCUGCACGCUGGGUCCGUCGCCGCGUGCGUUGUUGCUUACACUAGAGCCACUUUCACCUGGUCUACUUGAGUUGCUCGCGCUUGGCGACGCUCUACCAGCCGAGCACUGUGCUCUGCUUGAAGGCAUAUUAGCGGUAUUAUGGGAGUUACCAGCACAGUUUGAGGAGCUUGCGCACAUUCUAGUGCGAGGCGCACUCAUGUCUGUUCGUGGCUCGUACUCGGUAGAUCGAGUGCAGAUGAAGGUGUUUGUGGAUCUUCAAUGUCCCUCUCCAACUUCCGUGCGCAUACGUGGUUUGCGGCGUUUCAUAUUGCAUGCUGCUAUUCCAAAGGAUGCCGUAUGUAAGGUGUUGAUGGCGACGGCAACGAUGUGCCAGCAGCGUGCUGCAAUGCCAAAUGCCUCUGCUGUAGAAGAGAGAAAGAAAAGUUCAAACUCGGCUGCAUUUUUGUACACUGAAGACGAACUAGAGGGGAAUGCCGACAGUGAUAGCGAGGAGAUUAUGUUGGGUCGCAUAGUUGAAGAGAUGUGUCUUCAGCUGAGCGCGGAGGAACUGUUCGGCACCCGAGUUACUUUGGAUCGCGUAUGCGAAGUUGUCUCCAAGGUGGCGACAAUCUCCUACGCAUGCUGGCGGUGGGCAGUGCUAUUGAUUCCCCGUAUUCUCGCCGUGGAUGUCAUACACUCCAUUUUUACAGAGUAUGCAAGUGCAAUGGAAAGGCAUAAGGCAGCAAGUGCACUAUUGUCACAGUUGCAACAACUUUCAUCUUUGGUAGAUGCCUUGCAGGAUGACGUUGUGGAUACUGCGGCUGCGACGACGCUGGAGAUUUGCAUUGCCACCGUACAGCAGUACGACUCCGAUGCGUACACGGAUGACACCACAUUUGCUGAGUGGAGGACUACACUGCGGAUGAUUGAGGAGAGUCUUGACGUGAGCUCCACUGCCUCGCUUGUGGUUCAUCUUCUGGCACUCUCACGUGGGGCAGCCGAGGCUGCCUCUCGCCUCUCCCGAAAACAGAUGCCUAGCGGUAGGAAGACAGUAAAUGAUAAUUGCCCGGGGGACGUCAAGGAGUGCGGUGGUGUUGUACAAUCCGCCAUGUGGCUGCUCGUUCGUGUGCUUGUUGAGGUGGAUGAUGCAUGCGCUGCUGUAGCUGCAUGCACAACAUUGACGUGGUGGUCGCUUGCACGGUUGGACUCUGUGGACUCAUCGUUUGUGUCGCGUCUUGUGCUGGGCCUUCUCAGCGUGGACGAGGGCAGCUCGGUGGCACUACGCUCUAUCCUUUCAGGCGUCACUUGUGCCGUAACACCGCCACGCAUUAGCCGCAUGAAGGUGCGUUUGCUUGAUGUUCUUCUUGGCCUUUGCGACUACGACGAGGAGGGGCGCACACUGCGCAAUAUCGAUGAUUACUGCAAAUUGGAGAGAAGAUGCACCCUUUACGAUGUUCUUGUUGGGUUGUGUGGGUCUCAGCACAGCCCUGUUGUGCAGGUUGCCGCCCUGCAUCUCAUUGGCCAUUACACUAUUGCCACAUAUCCUCGUGUCUCACUCGCCGCAACUUGUACACUGUGCGUGGAUGUUUUUCGCCACACAACACACGAGAUGGCAAAGGCUGCGUGUGCCUCGAUGCUGUCACACGUCGCAGGAGCUCUUGAAACGAUGGGCGUCCUUGCGGCUCUCAACGACGUUGAUCUUGAAGUGCUACACCGAAUGACGGAAGCCAUGUGUAGUUACCGCGGAGCUGUAGGCGACAGUGAUGAUCACGAGUCCGUGAUUCAUUACCACGGUCGCUGCAUCAGGAGGGUGCUGCAGCAUUCGUUUCACGUGCUGCGGGAAGCCUAG